AUGCAUCGUGCAAGAUGCCGGGCGGCUGGCCAAGUGCGCUUUGCAAGCAGGCCAGUGUGUCUCGGCUCAUGGCUCUCUCCAGGACGCGUCGCGCUCUUCGCCACUUCGCAGCCACGCAAUGCGACAACAUCGGAAAAGAACGCUGCCGAAGUGCCGGCCACCAGCAAAGAGGGAACGGCUUUUGGCUCCUGGUCCAGUCUCAAACAAAAACUACGACAUACCCUGGCGCCAUCGACAGAGGAAUCUACGACAUCGCCUUCAGAGUCUCUAGAACCCGAGGCCGAGCAAACACCCAAUUCACCGUCAAAGUCUGCGUCAAAGUCCAGCAAGCCUGCCAAGUCUAGCAAGUCUUCUAAGACAUCCAAGUCCUCCAAGGCCUCGAAACCCGCCAGAGCUACGAAAACUGCCAAACCUACGAAAAUCGCCAAAGCUGCUAAAUCCGCCAAGUCAGUAAAGAAGGGUGUCAAGAAGACGAAAGAAUUGGUCGAAUUCGAAAUCAUAACUCCCAAGGCUUUGGAGCUGAAACCAAUCGAUCAAGAGACACGCGAGAUUCCAAUGCUGAGCUACGGCCUCGACCGCGUACUCUUCAAUGGUGGCGUGUAUCGAAUGCAAGAUGCCCGAACAAACGUUUAUAAUUUCGAUCCGUACCUCGCGUCCAUCAUGCCAGUGGACGAGUUCGAUUACGACGCUCUCAAGGAAUAUGUCACGUCAUCCAAGGAUAACAAGCUCAACGAUCUCGCGAAGCAGCAUGGUAAAAAGUACAGUGGUUCCACCUCGAGCAUGACGGCUAUUCUCUCCCACCUUCAUUUCCUCAUCUCUGCUUGGAGAUCUCCCAAUCUCGAUCACUUAUCAAGAGGGUGGACCCCGGAGUCUCACAACUUCACCAUGUUGACCAGAGGUCCGGUUGCCGCGUUCAUAAAAUACAAUGACGGAGCGUACUCUAUCGAUUCCGACAAAGAAUAUGACCACGAGAAUAUACUGAGCACACUCGGAAAAUCUAUGGAAAAGCUACUCACGCUCCCGAAAGAAGAAUACGAAAAGUACAGAAAGACAAAAUCCCACGAAUUGACCGAGGAAGAAAAGAACGCAGACGAGGCAUAUCACUAUACUACCUUUGGCGAUUUUAUGAUGCGAUCGCAACUGGACGCUCACGACCCAAGAUUGCCCGGCACUGGCGUUUUCGACCUCAAGACAAGAGCCGUUGUGACCGUUCGAAUGGAUGUUCAGGGGCAUGAAAAGGGUGUCGGCUACGAAAUUCGAAAGCAAUUCGGCCAGUGGGAAUCCUUUGAAAGAGAAUACUACGACUUGAUUCGAUCUGCGUUUAUUAAAUACUCCCUUCAAGUUCGCAUGGGACGUAUGGAUGGCAUUUUUGUCGCGUACCACAACACGCAGAGAAUCUUUGGUUUCCAGUAUAUCUCUCUGCCAGAAAUGGAUCAUGCUAUUCACGGGCAAUCGGAUACAACGCUAGGCGACCAAGAGUUCAAAGCCAGUCUAUCAAUGUUGAAUGAUCUACUAGACAGAGCUACGAAGAAAUUUCCGGCGAGGUCAUUGAGGGUCCAUGUAGAGACUCGACCAACGAACGACCCCAUGACAUACUUCUUUGUGGAGCCUGUUACUGAUGAGGAGAUGCAAAGAAUCCAAGAUUUCAAGAAGGCAUCAGUGGACAAACUGAAGGAGGAGAUUGACGAACUAAGUAGCCAGGAAAUGGCUGCUGAGAUUGGCGCUACUGAGAAUGACGUUGCUGGAAUUGCCGCUCCCGAAGCUCUCGCUGCCGAAUCUGUUGUUACCGAAGCUACCGCCGCGGAUGAGAGUGAAAAUGCUGAAGAGUCGGAAUCUGCUGAGGAAGACGAUAUGGACCAGGAGUUCCAAAACGAAAUAGCAUGGCAGGAAGUCAUGGACCGCGUCAGCGAGGCAGUGGACAGCGAAUCCCUGGGUAUACGUUCUGUACGGGACGCUGUUCAAGAUGCGUUGACUCACGGCGGUCUAUUGGAAGGCAAAACGGAAGUGGAAAGCACGAAACACAUUGACGAUUUAGUGGCUGCCCUGACAGCACACUCCCAAGAGAGCAAAGAGUUGCAGAGCGCCUCCGAGGAAGAGCCAGUCGAUGCUCAAACCGGCGAUGAGACGCCGCUGAAGGAUUUACUCUUGCGCGUGACAGAGGGUAUUGACGAAAACACGGCCAAUCUCAACGAUUUCCAGCGCAUUUUUGCUGGCUUAUCCGAAAAGCCCGCUGCGGACGAAACUGUCGACUCAGAGGACUCAGAGGCUGACGCCGACGCCGACGCCGACGUCGCCGAGACGAGCCAGAACACGCCCAAAGAAGAGUCCUCGAAAGAGCUACUCGGCCUCUACCUCACCAUCCGCAACAAGGUGGACGGCAAGUUCGUCCCCCGUCCAGAGCGCCUAGGUCCCAACAGCGAAUGGGAGGUGCAGUACGCCGUGCGAGAGAUGAGCGACGAUCGCGCCCAGCGGCUCUACAAACAAAUCAAGACGCGCCGAAGGAAGAUUCUUGAUAUUGACGCGGCCGAGCGCGCGUCGUCGUGGCAUCGCAUGUUUGAGGGCAGCCUGCCCGCUCUCAGCAAGAGCGGCGCGUCGUACCGCGCGGAACGCAUGAAGGAGGAGGAGGAGGCGGGCAUCCGCGUGGCCUGGGAGCGAGACCCGAGAACGUCCCCGUAG